CAUCGGUCUUCCCAUGUAUUUUGUGAUAUUCUGCGCAGCUUUGGUGGUUACCGCCUACUUAUUUUACGAUAAAGUAACUGCAGCACCAAAACCUAACGCUCAGAACAGUGGGCUAACUAAUCAUGUUGAGGUUCAAGGGUCGGUAGAUCGAUUACAAGUGGAUCGUGAUGAGCUUGGUUACAAUGAUGGUGGUUAUGAUACGGUUGAUGAUAAAGUUGAUGACGCAGUUGAUGAUAAAGUUGAUGACACAGUUGAUGAAGAGCAUCCGUCAGCCGAUGCAGAAACAAUUGUUGAACCGAGAAGUACUGGUGUUACGGGUGAAAUGCAUGGUCGCCUGUCAUAUUUAAAGGAUUCGUUCCACAGAGGCGUGGGAUAUAUCGGAAAUCGAAUUAUGGAUGGCUAUCGGCAGUUUGGGAAAGGAGAAAAUAUCAAAAAUCAAGAUGAUACGACAGAACUUGAUAACAAACCAUCAAGCGUGGAACCAAGAGAAACAUUAGAUUCGGUUGAAGAGGAGGUUGACGAGCAAGAACAAACUGAUAGCAAUGUACAAGACUCAUCUGCUCAUCAGAACGAUACCUGCCAAGAAAAGAACAGCGAACAGCAUUUAAGGAUCCGUCGUGGUUCUGAUGGUCGACAUCACACCAUUCUAAAAACCGAAGACGGUCAAAAGUUGCAACAAGAAGACGAUGAAAACCCCGAUCUAAAUAAUGAUACAUUAACAGACCAGACAGGCUCUUUAAAUCCGAGCAUGAGAGAUGGUACUCAUGAGAGUGCUAUGUUAGAUCAUGGGGGAUACGACGUGUUUCUGUCAAGAAAGAAUGGUGUGUUUGGAGAAGGUGAACAGCAAGGCGACACGACAUCGGACGCGCCCAUCGAAGCGAUGGAAAUAGAUGAUGGAACAGUAAGUGCACCGCCAAAAGAUUCGGAGGAAAACCGGCCGGAACUGAGGAAUCGAGCUAAAAAGAAUCGAAGGCUAACUACGACUGUUAAUCGAUCGGAUAUACCCUCUAACCCUACUAAUUAAAAGUCUAUAAAAGUGCUAA